AGCACCGGGAGCGGCGGCAGUGUCCGGACACCGGUGAGGCUCCGGCAGAGCUCGGACGCGGCCCCGGCGCAGGUCGCCGUGUACGGACAGGGCAGGACUUUGCUGGCAUCGCCUUCCUGAGCCCGAGUGUCCCGCAGGGCCCAGCCGUGUCCUCUCAUCAUGGUCUCUCCCCUCUGCCAAAACAGCGGUGGGAAAACCGCCCCCAAGCCUGGGCUGAAAGAGGCUUUGCUGAUUCCUCGAGUUGCAGCUUGUCACAAGCAGAGAGGUGGCACUGGCACGACGAGGCUCCCGGCGCUUCUCGCCCUGGCUGUGGUUCUGCUCCUGGCGUUGGUGGUGGCCGUGGCUGUGCUGGCAGUGAGAAGACUCGGAGAGAUUCCUGUUACACCCGGGGCUCCAGAGUUUCUGGCCUGUCCCGAGGACUGGGUCGGGUACAACAGGGUCUGUUACUACCUCUCCAGGGAUGAGGGGAGCUGGGAGCAGGCUCGGGAUCAGUGCCUCGAGCUCGGGGCCUCCCUGGCCGUGCUCAGCGACAGGGAAAUGAGCUUCCUCUUCCGCCUCAACGACAACCUGGAGUACUGGCUCGGGCUGCGGAGACGGGACGAGAGGUUGCAGUGGGUGGACGGCAGCAGCUACAACUCCUCGGUCCCCGUCCUGGGUGACUCAGAGUGUGUGUACCUGGGCCAGCGUCGCUUCAGGAGCGGGGUCUGCUCGGCUCAGCGGCCUUUCCUCUGCAACAAACCCCAGGAUCGCCUGGAAUAAACCAUGGGAAAAGGGACCUUCUCCAUCCUGAAGAGUCAACAGCUUUGCAUCUUCAUCCCAGCACACCUCAGCUCUUCACCUGCCUUACAGUUGUUUGUCAGCAUCACCUCAGAGCUGAUACCUCAGUGAAACUUGUCAGGGUCACCUCAGUGCCUGGUGUGAAGGAGAUGAACCUGCAGGGAGGGGAGAGGAUGUGGAAGCCUGGACUGGGGGCUCUGGGUUUCUUUCUGCUUCUAGAACCGUCCCAGAACUCAUCCUGCUCCUCCAACAGUCCCUGGUUGUAUCCUAACCCUGUUUCCAUGUAAAUGUGUGACUCUGCCCAGAGUGAAGCAGGAGAUCCACGUUGGAUGCACAUGGGUGGUGCCCGACUGGUGCUGCUGCUCUUCUGUUCUUUCACCUCGUUCACUUUUGCAAUAAAACCUCGUGAAAUCCACCCCUGUCCCUUCCCCCCGGGAUUCCAUCCCAAAUGUGGGAGCCUUGGAGCUCCCGGGGCUGCUUCCCAGUGCUCCCAGUCUGCCCAGUCACCCUGGAGGGCUUCGGGGAUGGGGAUGGCACACAAGUGCUGCUGGGGGUGGUCCCACCUCAAUUCUGUCUGGUUUGUUCUUCCCGAGCUGGGCAAAACUUGGAUUUUUGGAGUUUUCUGCCCCUCCUCCGCUCGGGCAAAAGGGAUUUGGGGCCUUUUUUUCCUCUUUUGGGAGGGAAAUCGGGUGCGUUUGUGCUCCGCGGCCGGCAGGGGAUGCGCGCGAGCCGGGAAUUCCCGAGGACAUUCCCGCGGUUCUUUUUCCCUCCUCCGUCCUGUCCCGGCCCCGAGCGGCCCCCGCGGGACCCCAAAACCAUCUGUGGGGGCAACCCCAGG